UGAGUGUACAAAAUGUGUAUUCAUCAAAUUUUGCUUAAACAAGUUUCUAUUUUCUAAAGUUGACUAAAAACAAUUAACCCCAAAGAGCUCUCCAACCAUGUAUCAAGAUGUGACUACCGCGGCGGGUUUCAGCAACCAAUACCAUAGUUUUCUCAUCUCCUCCGCCCUAAUCUUUCUUGGGACGGCGCUGUGGAUCUUAAUCGUCCUCAAGAAGAGCAGAAAUGGAAAACAUCAGCCGCCACUGCCGCCAGGUCCAAGACCCCUGCCCUUACUCGGGAAUCUGCUCUCACUCCAACCCGAGCUCCACUCAUACAUGGCUGCCCUGUCCCAAGUCCACGGCCCCAUAUACACCCUCUGGCUCGGCCGGAAGCCCGGAAUCGUCAUCACCUCGCCCUCCAUAGCUCGGGAGGUCUUGAAGGAUCAAGACACCGCCUUUGCGAACCGCGACGUCCCUGCUGCUGGCCGGGAAGCCACCUUCGGCGGCAAGGACAUCGUGUGGAGCCCACACGGGCCGGAGUGGAGGAUGUUGAGGAAGGUAUGCGUGCGGGAAAUGCUCAGCAGCUCGGCUCUGGACUCCGUUUAUGAUCUCAGGCGCCGAGAAGUUCGGGGCACUGUGAAAUACUUGUAUGAACAGGCCGGGAGGCGGGUCAACUUCGGCGAGCAGAUGUUCUUGACUAUGAUCAACGUGAUCACAGGCAUGAUGUGGGGUGGCACGAUGAAGGGGGCGGAAAGGGAAACUCUUGGGUCUGAAUUCAGGCAGAUUGUGACUGGUAUUUCAGGCCUGGUAGGUUUGCCUAAUGUUUCUGACUUUUAUCCUGGGUUGGCAACAUAUGACUUACAAGGGAUUCAGAGGAAGAUGAAGAAGUUGGUUUCUAGGUUGGACAAGGUUUUCCAGACGGCAAUUGAUCAAAGAUCGGGAAUGGGUAGUGAUGAGAUGGGGAGUAGGGACUUUUUGCAGGUUUUGCUUAAGCUAAAAGAUGGAGAAGGUGAUGAGAUAAUACCUUUCACUAUCACUCAUCUCAAAGCCUUACUUGUGGAUAUGGUUACUGGUGGAACUGACACAACGUCAAACGCGUUAGAGUUCGCCAUGGCCGAGAUCAUGAAGGAACCAGAGGUCCUAAAGAAGUUACAUGAAGAGAUAGACACUAUAGUGGGAAAGGACAACAUAGUUGAAGAGUCUCACAUUCACCAACUUCCAUAUUUGUCUGCAGUAAUGAAAGAAACUCUUCGCUUGCACCCUGUCCUGCCGCUUUUGGUGCCUCAUAGCCCGAG